AUGAAAACAAAUGUUCUUCAAGAUACACAACGUAUACUUAAUCUUAUUGCUAAACGUGAUUUAGAUGAUGAUGAAAAGAAGCAAUUAAUUGAUGAAACUGUGGAGAAUUUUAAUAGUUAUAUUAAUCCAGGUUUUUUAAAAUAUCGAAAAUCAUUUUCAUCGGAUUAUGUUGCAGUGGAGUGGGCAGAUAAUGGGUCAACAUUUACAUGUGUAAAAGGUAUUGAAUAUAUUGAUUGUUUAGGUGGAUAUGGUAUUUAUAAUGUUGGUCAUCGUCAUCCAAAAGUAUUAAAAGCAGUGACUGAUCAAUUACAACGUCAAGCAUUACAUUCUCAAGAAUUACUUGAUCCAUUACGUGGCUAUUUAGCUAAAAUUCUUGCUGAAUUAACUCCAGGAAAUUUAAAAUAUGCAUUUUUUACAAAUAGUGGUACAGAAUCAGUUGAAGGUGCAUUAAAAAUGGCUAUGCUUGCUACUGGACGUCGAACUAUUGUUGCUGCUGUUGGAGGUUUUCAUGGAAAAAGUUUAGGUGCUUUAAGUGGAACUUCAAAAGCGGUAUUUCGAAAAGCAUUUAUACCAUCAUUAUUAAAUAUGCGACAUAUACCAUUUAAUGAUUUAAAUGCACUUGAACAAACAUUAUCUUGUCUUCAAUUUACCGGUGAUGAUGCUGCUGCUGUUUUACUUGAACCAAUACUUGGUGAAGGUGGAAUUAUUGUACCAAAUGAUGAUUAUUUUCCAGGUGUUCGACGUUUAUGUGAUAAAUAUGGUGUUUUAUUAAUAGCUGAUGAAGUUCAAACUGGUAUGGGACGAACAGGAAAAAUGUUUUGUAUUGAACAUUGGGAUGUUGAACCAGAUAUUAUAUGUUUAGGUAAAGCAUUUGGUGGUGGCAUUAUGCCAGCAGGUGCUUUUAUUGGUUCAGAAAAAUUAUGGGCACCCAUAUUUAAUAAUCCAUUUUUACAUACAACAACAUUUGGUGGUAAUCCAUUAGCAUGUGCAGCAGCCAUAGCAACAAUUAAUGUUUUACUCGAAGAACGUCUUUGUGAACGUGCAAAAACUAUGGGUGAUUUAUUUUUAAAUAAACUUAAAUUAACUAUUAAACCAUAUACACCACAUAUAGUAAUUGAUGCUCGUGGUAAAGGUUUAAUGUUAGCAUUAGAAUUUGCUGAUACAGAUAUUGGUUUUCGUGUUUCAAAAGGUUUAUUUCGAGAAAAAAUACUUGUUGCUGGUACAUUAGUUAAUGCAAAAACAAUACGUAUUGAACCGCCAUUGACAAUAACAUUAGAACAGAUUAAUAAUGUUAUUAAUGCAUUAAAUAAAGUAUUAAAAGAAAUUGCAAGUGAAAUGAAACCUCAGUUAACAAAUGAAUUAAUUAAUAAAAUCAUACCAUUGAAUAUUUUUCAACAUACUGUACUUUCAAGACAAUUGUAA